CUUCCGGCGGAACGGGAAGUGACGUCCCGCCGUACGGCAACAUGGCGGCGUGCGUGGGCAACAUGGUGGCGCCCGGUUGUGUUGUACGGAAAAGGAGGGAAUUUGGGGAGGACCUCCCGGAGGAUCCCAAUAUCCCCCAACAAAGGGUCUCAGUACCCUCCCUCCCACGGAUCGCCGUAUUUCCCCAGAGGAUCCCAACAUCCCUCCACAAAAGAUCACAAUGUACCCUCCAAAGGAUCCCAAUAUCCCCCCUGAAGAAUCCCAAUAUCCCCCUCGGGGACCCCAAUCCCACUGUGGCUGGAGAGUGGCCUGGGCUGACCCUUGCUCCUGCUCCCAGCCCGAGGAUCCCGUUCCCUCCAUGGCCAUUUCAGGAUCCUCCUCCCCAGCUAAAUUUAGGAUCGGGAUCGGUUCCAGCUCAGCUGUCGCAGCUCCUCCACAGGCUCCAGGACCCUCAUCCCGGCUAAAACCCCCCCUUCCCACCCCAAAACCAACACCAGGGGAGCAGCCACGGGGCUGGCCAACGGAGCGCCCGGAGCCAAUUCUGGCUGGGAACAACGCCAUGAUGGAGCCGGGGGAAAACACAGCUCUGGAUGAAUGGGACACACAAAUCCGGAAAUUACCGGAGGAAUUUGAAAGUGACACUGAACUGGAGGAAUGUGACACGGAGAAUGGUGAACUCGCAGCCGAAAUUGACAAGGGGCAGUUUGGGGCAGGCUGGGUUGAAUUCCCAAGGAAAUCCCGGGUUUAUUCUCCUCUUCCCUCCCUGUUCUUCCCAGAGCACCUGACGGCCACGCUCGAGGAGCGGGACAGGAGGAUCAGCAAACUGACCUCGGACCUGGGUGAAUCCAAUGCCAAACUCAAGGAACGUGACCGGAAAAUCACCAAGCUCGCCGCUGAAAUCCGAAGACUCACGGCGCUGCUGGCCGAGCGCGACUCCGGGCUCCGGAAGCUCCGAGCAGAGCUCGCCAAGUGCGACGCCACCAUCCGAAUCUUCACGGUGGAACUCGGCGAGCGACACACGAAAAUCGGGGAACUCACAGCUGAUGUGGAGGUCUUCAAGAAAAAGCUCCAGCAACACGAGGCAGAACUGGAGGCCCGGGACACCCAGAUCCGGGAAAAUGAAGCUGAGAUCAGGCACCUGAAGGAGCUGCUGGAGGAGAAGGAAUUGGCAGCACGUAAGUUUUGGAAAAUGGGAAUUCUCUCCCCAAAAUAUGUCGAGGAAGAAGAGGAAGAGGAGAAAGAAGAGGAAGAGGAAGAAGAGGAAGAAGAGGAAGAAGAGGAAGAAGAGGAAAAGGAACCAGUAGAACUGGGAGAACCGGGCAAAGUCAUGGAAGAUCCUGGGGAAGUCGACAAAAACCUUGAGGAGCUCAGGGCGGUGCUGGGAGAUCGAGACGCCAGGAUCGCGGAGCUGUCGGAGGCGCUCGAACAACGGGACAGACAAAUUGCGGAGCUUAACACGGAGCUCGAGGAAUCCCGAAUAAGGAUCUGGUGGUGCCUCGAGGAGCACCGGAAAGAGGAAGAAAAAGUGGCCCGGGUCACCCUGGACCCGCUCACGUCCCACCCUCGCCUGGUGCUGUCUCCGGACGGGCUCGGGGCGCGCUGGGCCUACGGCGGCCCCGAGCCCCCGGCGGGCCCCGAGCGCUUCACGGCCGCGCCCUGCGCGCUGGGCACCCCCGGCUUCACCUCGGGCCGCCACACCUGGACCGUGGACGUGGCCGAGGGGCCGUUCUGCGCCGUGGGGGUCAGCCGGGAGUCGGUGCCACGCCAGGGCCCGGCCUUCGGGCCCGGGGACGGCGUCUGGGCCCUGCAGCGCUGGGGAGGCCUGGGCCGCGCCCUCACGAGCCCCCCGACGCCGCUGCCGCUGCCGCGCGUCCCCCGCCGCCUGCGAGUGGCCCUGGACUACGACGGCGGCCGCGUGGCCUUCUUCGACGGGGACAGCCGCAGCCCGACACCCCUGUUCGCCUUCCCGGCCACCGCCUUCGCCGGGGAGCGCGUCCGGCCCUGGUUCUGGCUGGAGCUGGGAGAGAUUUCCAUCGUCCAGUGAUGCCGUGGAAUGCAGAGCCCUUCACAGGAGAGCGCCUGCAGCCCUGGUCCUGGCUGGAGCUGCAGGCGAUUUCCGUUGUCCGGUGAUCCCGGCGUUCCCUUGUCCAGUGAUCCCAGAAUCCCGCAUCCAGUGAUCCUGGGAUCCUGAGCCGGGGAGUGUCCAGCCCCUGGUCCUGGCUGGAGAUGGGGGUCAUCUCCAUCGUCCAGUGAUUCCAUGGAAUUCCUGAGCCAGGGAGCACAUCCUGGGUUCUGGGUUCUGGUUCUGCGGGAGCUGGGCUCCCUCUCCCUCAUCCAGUGACCCCGGAAUUCAGGGAAUUCUGCCCAGGGAUGGAGAGCUCAGGGAGGAGCAGGUGGUUGGAGGGACAGGAGGAGGCCCCGACCUUGAUCUGGACACCAGUGGCACAAACUGGGAUGGACACUGGGAUGGGAACGCUUUGGGAAGGAGGGAGAAUGGGAUGGGAAUGCUCUGGGAAGGAGGGGGAAUGGGGUGGGAAUGCUCUGGGAAGGAGGGAGACAGAACAUAGACCAGGAUGGGAAUGCUGUUGGGAAGGACUCAGACUGGGACAGGAAUGUUCUCGGGAAUGCUCUCGGGAAGAGCAGAGGAGGGGACAGGAAUGCCAGAGCUCCACGGUCACUGCACCAGGGGAUCCCAGUGAGGAACUGGGAGCUCUAAUACUGGGAUUCGUGGAGGAUUGAGCCGAGCAUGGGUGGAUCAGGGCUGCUGUGGAUGGACAGACACCGUGAUCCCCACCUUCCCAGCGCUUCCAGGGGUCCCUGCUGAAUCCGUGGUCGUUCCCUGCUGAAUCCCUCAUCAUUCCCUCCCUGCUCAUCCGUGGCCACCAGCAAAGCCUGAACUGGUGUCCCGUGUCCCCCCAGGGGGUGACCACGGGAUCCUCUCCCAAAAUAAACCCUGCAAAACUC